CCUUGGCUAGUUAAACAAACAUGGCACUUCAACAGUAUGAGACCACGGACCUACUGAUGCAUUGGCUAAUAAAAAGAGAAAUAUGUGACGAUUCACAAGAAACGGGCCAACUCUAAAUUUGUGGAUGAGCGGAUAUAUUCUUGAAUUGGUUAACGUAGCCUUUUGUGACCGUGUUUACACAUAGGGUAGCUAGCUCUCAGUUGGCUAAUGUAAGAUAGCUAGCAAAAAUGGACCUUGGAUCAAUGUUGUACAACAACUUAAAAGAUGUUACAUGGAGUACGACGUCUUUACCUUUGGAUCAACUUGUCAGUGCGUAUCGGUUACCUCAAAUCGUCAAACUAGACAGCGGUCAGUUGGUUGAAGGGCUCAGAGAUAAUGACUACCUCUUGAUUCAUUCCUGCCGUCAGUGGACAACCAUUACUGCUCACAGUCUGGAGGAAGGACACUACGUCAUUGGGCCAAAAAUAGAGAUCCCAGUUCACUAUGAAGGUCAGUUUAAGCUGUUGGAGCAGGACAGAGAUGUCAAGGAGCCUGUGCAGUACUUUAACAGUGUGGAGGAAGUGGCCAAAGCUUUCCCUGAAAGGGUGUACGUCAUGGAAGAAAUCACUUUCAAUGUUAAGAUGGCUUCUGGAGAAUGCAAUGAAGACACAGAAGUUUACAACAUUACACUAAGCACCGGUGAUGAAUUGACAUUAAUGGGCCAAGCUGAGAUCCUCUAUGCCAAGACAUCUAAAGAAAAAUCAAGAUUCAACACUAUAUUCAAGAAAAUUGGGAAACUUAAUUCCAUCAGUAAGAUUGGGAGAGGUAAGAUGCCAUGCUUAAUCUGCAUGAACCAUCGUACCAACGAGAGCAUCAGCCUGCCUUUCCAGUGUAAAGGCAGGUUCAGCACCUGUAGUCCCCUGGAGCUCCAGAUGCAGGAUGGCGAGCACACCAUAAGGAACAUUGUGGAGAAAACUCGCCUCCCGGUCAAUGUCACAGUACCCAGUAGUCCACCCCGAAACCACCACGACCUCCACCUCAUCCGCGAGGGUCACCGAUACAAACUGGUAAACAUUCAAACCAAAACAGUGGUUGUGUGCUGUAUUCUGCGAAGCAACAAAAUUAUCCCCACCCAUUUUCCUUUUCACAUGGCCAUGCCCAAGUUCAUUAUCCCAGAGGAGCUCCUUCAAGGGGAGUUAUGGCUCGACACCAUGGUCCGCCGCUGGUUCUCCUUUUGCCAGGAGCAGUUUGACAUUGAUGAUUAUUCCCGCGCCGUUCGAGAUGUUCGGACGGACUGGAACGACGACGGCAAGAGCCCCAAGAAAAGCAGUGGAAAUGGUAGUUGCAGCGGAAGCAGCGGAGGCAGCAGCGGUUCCAACGGGUGUACGAACCACAUGCAGAUCCCCAGCUCUUUAACAUACGCUCGGGAUGAACUCACCCAGUCCUUUCACCGACUUUCUGUAUGUGUGUACGGCAGCAACUUGCACGGCAACAGUGAGGUUAAUCUGCAAGGCUGCAUGACAUUAUGUGGAGACUGGACUCUUCUGCCCUCGGACAGCAUUCCUUCAGACUCAGGGGAAAGUGAACAUUUUUUCUCUGAGCUGUUGGAUAGCACAAACCAGCAGCCGGCCCUCAACAAGUCAGACGUUCCAUAUGAGGAGCUGUGGUUGGAUCACAUGAGAGGUCAGAUCCCUAAACCUUCUUUAACUGAGGGAAUCCGAAGCAUCAACAAUGGCUGUAGCACAACAGGGGCCCUGUCAUACCCGGUCUCAUGUCCUCUUGGUGGAAUAACAAGUUGUGAUGCCUCUCUGACUCCACCACCAGUUCCACCAAAGUCUGAAGCUGUUAAGGAAGAAUGCCGACUUCUGAAUGCACCGCCUAUUCCUCCAAGAAGCUUAAAACAGAUGCCAUCAGUGCCCAUCCUGUCGAAGCCACGGCAACAGGAGACCCGAUCUCCUAGUCCGACCCUCUCCUACUAUUCUUCUGGUCUCCACAAUAUAAGUAGUGGAGGAUGUGAGCAAGAGGUGUCGGACCCACAAGACCAAAGCCACGUGUGCUACCCUUGUAACUGGGGAAAAUCCCACAGCACUGAACCAAACCCUACUGGUAGCCUACCUUCAGACGGGAUGUCCUCCAGGUUGUCUUGGCCAAAUAAUUUCAGCAGAGAAGACUCGCACUGUUUGGAUGAAUUCCUACCCGCUGGCUGCCGGAGUUACUACAGUUACCCCAGAAAGAGAUCCCCGAGCGUCCAGAAAACCUGCACAUCCAGCCUCGUCGACUUUGACGGCCGAGAACACACGCACAGCAGUAAGAACUUACGACUGCAGACCACUUCUCUGAAUCAGUUCUGCGUCAAAUCCUCGAGUUACAAUUCGGAAAUGUACAGAGACAAAACAAUAGAGGAGUCUAACACUAAGCAGAGCCUGUCAUGCCCCAUUUUACCACCGAGAACCCCAAAACCAAACGUUAUAAAGAAGUGCACAGAUAUACUGUCGGUAUCAGUAGGUGACAGUAUGGAGGACGCCUCAAAUGAGCAGAGCACAAAAGAGAUUUAUUCCAUCUCAAACUCUGAGACUGCGAACUGUCCGUCCUUUUCUCCCACUGCGCACUGGCAGCCCCCAUCCAACCUCGCAGGCCUUUCUAUCGAGGAGGUGUCGAAAUCUCUGCGAUUUAUCGGCCUGCCAGAUGACAUAGUUUCUCUCUUUGUGUCGGAGAAGAUCGACGGGAAUUUACUUCUGCAGCUCACUGAGGAAAUUUUGUCUGAGGACUUCAAGCUAAGCAAACUUCAAGUAAAGAAACUCAUGCAGUUCAUUAACGGAUGGAGGCCGAAGAUUUAACCGUACAUGACACUAAGUCCAGUCAUAAAGCAAAGGAAGGAACGCCUUCAGUAUAUACAGUACGUAUGCUAUGCACACCAAGCCACAAAGAGUUUUGUUCUGUAUAAUAUGAACUUAUUUCCUUGUUACUUCAUUGUGGGAAGGAUGGUGCACCCCAAGCUGAGGGGAAUCAUUUGGCACUUUGUUCAGUACUUUCUCAUCCGCAGCCUACUAGUGUUCAUGUCAUUACACAAAUGCAAAAUGAAGCCAACGAAUGAAAAAUAUCAACAUCCAUGUGACCAGAACAGAGAAAUAGAGGACACGGAAAAUGUGACUUAGAGGUAUGAUUAUGUUCUUAAAGGGGAAUAUCACAAAAUUAAGUUUUUUUCAAGGAUUUUUAAAAGAACACAAACCAGAGGAAAGUUUGCAGUGAUUCAUUAAUUAAUUGAUUUAUUAACUAUCAAAUUAAUGGCUAACUAUUUUAGAGACUGUCUAAUUCCAGCAUCUUACAUAUGAAUCUUUUCUGGUUUCUUACGUCCCUUAGGACCAUAAACUGAAUAUUUUUAAGUUGUGGAUCAAACCAGAUGUUAGAUUUUUAUCAAUUUCUGUGCAAACAACAAGUUGACUAAUCAAGGAAAUGUUCUUUAGUUGAAUCCAUCCAUUGAGGUUUUUAUUUGGCAUCCUCACAACAGGAUUUGAUAACCAAAAUUAUUAUUGUAUUACUAUCAUUAUGCACAAUUGAAUUAUCUGAGAGCUAAAGCAUGCAUCUGACGAGGUUACGCAUUUGUAUUUUAUGCUUAUUUUAUGUCAUUCGGCUUGUCUUUCAUGAGGUCCGAUCACAGAAAAUGUUGCUGAAAAUGAACAUGAAUACCAUGAGUUUAGACUUUAUUAUUCAGCUAUGUGUGUUUUAUUUCCUCUUGGAUUUUUGUCUAAUUGCCACUUGUGUUCUUUUAAAAAUCUACUCUUUUUAUCUCGUUCUACGCUCCUAACAUGAUUUAAUGAACACACACUGAGCCUAUGGGAUCAUACUGAUGUACAGCUGAUUAGAAAGUCAACUGAAUAUAACUAGUUUGAAAUGUUUUUUUUUUUUUAAAACGAGUAUGGUACUGUGCUUAAGUCUCAGGCCACCUUUAUCUUUGUUUUUUUAGGGUAGAAAUAAGCACGCAUAUUUAAUUCUCAUUCUCUCUUCUUCUUCAUACAGCAAGAAAAUAUCAGAAAUAUGUGUGCAGCCUUAAAAGAUACACAAAAAACUGGACUAAACAUGGUGUAAAUGUUAAAGUCACUAUUUAGUGUGACCUCCUGACCAUACAAAUACAAACGUCUGACAUGCAAAUGAAACUUGGUAUAAAAAAGUAGAAAUUAAUGAUAAAAAGGUUAAAGACACGUCAAGUGCAAAGAAAGGUCACACUAGAUAUGACCUGUUUUUUUACUGAAACUUUUGAUUGGACCUUAAUGCAGAGGCUGACAAAUGCAUAUGUGAUCAUUAGAAUUUUACUAAACCAACAAACCUAAUGUUGGACUAGGACUUUUACACAGUACUGUACAUGAAAUGUAAGAAAGCAAAAGAUUUGUUUUCAGCUACAUCAGUUUGAUAUCAUAUAGACGUCUUUACUCUCUAUAAAGGGUAAAUUGUUUUCCAUUUAAAGCUGCCGGCCACCUGACAUUGCUUGGUGUGAUAUUCUGCUUUACAGAACUAAACACAACAUCUCAUUAUUUUUAACAGUAGGGAUGCACUAAUCUUAUACCGAUGUCAGACGUCAACCCAGACGGCUGGAUUCGGUAUCUUGACAAUGGCUUCAGUCUCUUGGUUGAUCUGUUUGGUUGAAACGACAGUAUCUGAACUUAAAAAAAUCUAAUAGCUAAUUUUGGUUUAUAUAGAAGAGACUGAACCUACUCUCUGCAAUACUUCAAAUCACAGUAUUAAUACCAGUAGUUCCAGUUUCCCCCAGGGAUCAUGAAAGUAUUCUGAUUAAUUAAACUCUGGUAUGAGAUUGAUACCCAAAUGGAGUUGAUAUCUGUAUCUGACCAGACAAAGUCAGGUCGGUGCAUCCCUGAUUAACAUCGAGAUGUAUGUUGCCAACUGUCUGCAUGCACGAUCUUAUUUCUACGCGAUGCCUUUUUUAAUCUUUCUUUAAAAGUCGAAUUCAGCUGUGUUAUUACUUGCAUCUACACUACAGAUAACUUUAUUUUUAGAAUUUAAAACGAACGCCUAACAACAUAGUCCUCACACAAAAACUAACGAUGGAAAUAAACAGAUGCAUUGGGGCUUUUACGUUUUACACGUAAAUACAAAUGAAGCAUCAUGCACUUUGGUAGAUUGCAGUCGAAUUAAUUACAGUUAAGGUCAUUAAAUAGAAAGCUGUAAAAGAAGGUCUAUGUACAGAGUGAAUGCACUACAUGCUUUUUAGAAUCGAAAAUGGUACUUGUGUUUUGUUGUCAUUUAUGUGUCGUAAGUGUCCUAUAAUGCAAGAAACAAGAUUGUCUGCGCCUUAACCCAGAGACCUUAAAAUGUAUAAAGAUUUCACUUUGGCUUAACAUUUUCAUCUUUCCACGUCUCUCGUCAUGAGGAAAUAUUCUUAAAUGUGUCAAAAUGAACCGAGUGAAUGAGGUUUAGAUUGUAUUCACUGGUGUCAAAGACUUGUCAUCACUGGGUGAAAGUGAAAAUGAUUUGCCAAAAUGAAAAAAAUUGGUUUAUAUGCCAAACAUUUUUUGCUAUGACCUCUAUUCAGAGUUGAUUUAUUUAUGCAGUUAUUUAAGAUAAUACAAAAUAUGCAGAAUGCUAACUCUCAGAAACCGCCUUUUUCAGCCCUGGUCAGAUCCUUUGGCUGUUAGCUAAUGCCCCCCCUCCCCCCAUGACUUUUUUUUGUAGUAGGGUGUUACAUAUUUUACUUGAUAUUUUUAUUUUUAUGUAAGUACAAAUGUAAUUUUUUUAAAAGACAGUGAUUACUAAUGUUGAAAAUAUUUUUUAUUGAGAAGAAGCUUAUGUUCAAAUGUUGUUUUUUUUAUUCUACACGACUUGGGUCUUGCUUUGACUUUAUUCAUUUAUGCAUCAAAAUAAUAAUUGGUUGUGAGACUUUAAAUAAUAUAAAUCAGCAAAGUAUUCAGGUUAUUUUACAGAUAUCCCGGCAAACGUUGUCACAGUGUCCUUAUUGUUAAUGGAGAAUGAUAUGUGCUCAUAGGGCUGGGUGAAAUAUGCUCACAAUAAAAGUUCAUCGUAUCGGUCGAUACUGAUAACAUCAUGAUAAACGUCAAAUCAUUUUUAUCUUGAGUUGAAGGGUUUUUUGGCCUGAGGUUAAUUUAAUAUUAAAUAUGAGACAGGAGGAUAAACAAUAAAAGAUGCAACAAAACCAAAACAGCAUAAUAGACUAACGACAAAAAAAAAUAUGAAACAACAAAAAAUAUUUGAAACAUAAUAUAAAAAAAGAUGCGACAGAUGAAAGUGACAUGAGACGAAAAUGACAAAACACAAUAAAACAAAAACAGCAUAAUAGACUAAAGACCAAUAAAAGUCAAAGAUGAAGCAAUAAAAGUGUCAUGAAACAAAUGACAUAAAGGAUGCAACAAAAUGAAAAGAACGUAACAGACUAAACAAAAGGCAAACUGUAGAAGACAAAAUGAAAAGGACAAAAAACACAAAAUUAAACUAUGCAAAAGAUACAACAGAGUGAACAUAUUAUAGUAGAAUAAAGACAAACACGACGUUAAAAACAAAACUGACCUGAAACGUAAGACAUGAAAAGGUUGUAAAAGAUGCAACAAAAUGAAAGGGGAAAAAACAGAACAAGACAAAAGUUACAUGAAUUAUUAAACAAGAUGGAAUAAAAAAAUGGCAGAAGAUGGAACUAAAUUAAGGAGGCUUAAAAUGUAACAAGAUGACAUAAUAACCAAAACAAGACACAAAAUGCAAAGCAACAUAAAAGACAAAAUUAAACCAACCAAAAGGACAAAAAUGGCCAGGAAACAUAUGUGAUAAACACAAAAAAGGUGAAAAAGAUGCAACAAAACAAAAGUGACUUAAAAGAUACAAGAUGAAAAUGAGAAAAAAAAAACAAAACAGAAACAUCUUGAAAGACUAAAUGACAAAAA